ACUGAUCUGAUUGCUGAGAUGUAAAUAUUAAGCCUGUCUGAUACCAAAAAGCCUGAUAGUCAGGUCAGGUGUUCUGGUACUGUUAUUUUUGUGCUAGUAUCUGGAAAUAGUAAAAUAGAAUCACAAGUCAGUUGAAAAUCAGUACAGCAGUUCAUAUAUUUUCAUUUGUCGUGUUUGUUGCUACGGACGUGUUCCCAAUUAUCAAAAUUCCCAACUAUAGAGCCAAUAUUCGGCAAGCAGAGUCAGUCGUAUUUUACGCAACAAAACUUGGAGCAGAUCAACUGCAGCAAUACAGAACCAGACAACCAUCAUGGCGAAUUUGGCUGUAUCACGCAUCAAGCGCGAAUUCAAAGAAGUUUUGAGCAGCGAGGAGAUCGACCAGUGCGCUAUCAAACUCGAGCUUGUGAAUGACUGCUGGACAGAGCUGCGGGGCGAAAUAUCAGGCCCCCCCGACACACCAUACGAAGGUGGAAAGUUUAUGCUGGAAAUUAAAGUGCCCGAGACAUAUCCGUUCAGGCCGCCAAAGGUUCGUUUUACGACGCGCAUCUGGCACCCCAACAUCUCAUCUGUGACUGGGGCCAUUUGCCUGGACAUACUCGGGGACAACUGGGCAGCGGCGAUGACGCUUCGCACGGUUUUGCUCUCCUUGCAGGCCUUGCUGUCCGCUGCCGAGCCCGACGAUCCGCAGGAUGCUGUUGUAGCACACCAGUUCAAGGACAAUUACGAUCAGUUUCUGCUGACCGCGAAGCACUGGACAAGUGCUUACGCAGGCGGACCGUGCAACUUCCCCGACUGUAACAUAAAAAUUAAACGCCUCAAGGACAUGGGCGUCGACGAACAUGAAGCGCGCAGCGUCCUCUCUAGGGAGAACUGGAACUUGGAGGAGUCCAUCAAGUGCCUGUUCGAUUAGCUUGCUAAGAACACGGUAGCAGCACCCACACCCACAAUAAAUUUUUAAUUUGUUCAAUUUGUUCUUUAAUAAACCACACACCAUGUUUCAA